AUGUCCUUUUUUCCAACAUUUGUGACUAUUCUAAAUGAGGUCAAUGCGAUUAUGCGUCAAAUGUCUAGUAGUACAAUCCGAGAAUGCAAUGCUUUAUCUGGUGAAAAAGUAAUUGAUGAUGAAUAUCAGCCUCGUAUAGGUGAGACAGUUGAAGCUCUUUAUGAUCCGAAUAGUGGAGCUGAAACUAUGCGAAUAGGAUACAAUUUUUUUAAAACAGGAAAACAUGUAACAUUUGUAUCAACUGGAGCAGCUAUGGCUAGAGCAUUAAUAGAAAGAGCCUCUAUCAAAGCCCGAAAGCGUAUCUUUGAGGACAUAGGUCGUUUUGAUAUAGUUAUAGCUAUUACAAAUAUUGUAACACCAAUUCAUGUUGAAGCACUUGCAUAA